AUCGACCGCCUGCAGAUUGACGACGAUAUGAGCCCCGCCGAAGACGACGCCGACUUUAGUGAUACCAGCUCCAACUACUCAACCAUCUCCCAAGACUCGCUUCCCCCGAUCCACGCAUACGGGCACACCUACCACGGUUCUGGUCAGCUAUUCACACCUAAUGAUGCUUCCGAGGCGCAUCGCAUGGCUCUGCAGCAUGGACUGUUUAAGCUGUGCUUAGACGGCCACCUCGUCGCAACUCGUCUACCUUUCGAUCAACAUACUCUCGAAAACCCUCUUCGCAUUCUCGACAUUGGCGCCGGUAGCGGCUUGUGGGCAUGCGACAUGGCGCAGCGAUACCCUCAGGUCGAAAUACUGGGCAUUGACCUCAGCAGCGCACUAUUACCCAAGGACGUUCCGCCCAAUGUCACCUUUGAGAUUGCCGACGCUACGGAUCCCUGGCCUUCACCCACAUACGACUUUAUUCAUAUGAGGAAUCUCGUGGGUGGCGGUGUUCGCGACUGGGGCGCAAUGCUGGCCUCAGCUUACGCCCAUCUCAAACCAGGAGGUCAGCUCGAGUUUACCGAGAUCCGCCCACGCUUCUUCGACGUCGACCCAGAGCAGGCUGAUCUUCCGAAUCUCAUGGCCGGCGAGAAGCCAGAGAUUGGUGCGGCUUGUCUCGAAUUCGAAAUGACAUUUGUUGGAAUGUGUAUGAAGAUGGGCCUUGACUUUGACCCUGUGCCAAGAGUGCCCGAAUGGCUAGCCGAUUUGGGCGCUGAGGCUAUACGGGAGCGUGUUGACUGGCUGCCUGUGAAGAGCUGGGGGACGGAUCCCAUAUACCGAAAGAAGGGCGAGGUUUUGGGUGAAAUGAUUGACUCGGGCCUCGAAAACUGGACAAUGAUGCUGUUUGGCAUGUGUGGGUGGAAAGAGAACGAUACAAGGGCGCUACUGGAUCGCGUCAAGAUGGAAGUCCAGGAUCCAAUGCUGCGCAGUUAUGCCAAAGUGACAUUUAUUACGGCGCGAAAACCCUUUGACGAUAGCGAGGACGAUAGCGAGGACGAAUGAUGGCAAGGAUUAAGGCUUCAACGGAGUUUCUGGCCUAGGCGUUGAGGCAUUGUGGCUUUAUUAUGAGGUGUAUUAGAGGAAGUACGGGUUUACUUGUAUGCGCGAGGCAUAUAUGGUCAUUGGCAGGUGUUUUUGGGUAUUGUUACUGCAUAUCGUCUUGGAUGAGAAACGGAUAUCCAGACACUGGUUAUAAGCGGGAACAGGAGUCUACUUGCUGGCUGGAUGUACAAUACGGGAAGGAUUUGAUGUACACUGGAGAGGAUCUAUCAGGAUGGAUACCGAUCCUGGAGUCUCUGGAUAUGAUAUGGAUAUGGACAUGAUGGGUAUUAUAACGAGGGGAUCGCGAGAUCACUUGUUUGAGUAGAUAGCUCAGGGUUACAGCGUUUCAAAUUACAGUCAAGACGGCACUUUAGCUGAUG